GUAAAGGAAGAGACCUGUUUACCUGAGCAGCCAAAGCUGCUGGUCCGGGGAGCCAGGCUCUGUGUGGACGGCACGUGUGGGUGACGCCUGGUCCCGUGUGUCUCCACAGGCUUCAAAAUGUAGCGGAGGAUCCAGCUGUGUGUACAGAAAAUGGAAAGACAGCGAGAGACACAAGGCAGGCACAGACGUGACGAGCCAGAGUGCAGAGGGCACGGCGGACGAGGAGUGACCGCGUCGCACCCGUAGCCGGAAGCGUCCGAUGCAGAGGCAGCAGGAGGGGACAGACGGCCUCGCGAGGAGAAGCCAAAGAUGUUGACCAGAAAGAUUAAACUCUGGGACAUAAACGCCCACAUCACCUGCCGCCUAUGCAGCGGGUAUCUCAUCGACGCGACCACGGUGACCGAGUGUCUGCACACGUUCUGCCGGAGCUGCCUGGUGAAGUACCUGGAGGAGAACAACACGUGCCCCACGUGCAGGAUUGUCAUCCACCAGAGCCACCCGCUGCAGUACAUCGGUCAUGACAGAACCAUGCAAGAUAUUGUUUACAAAUUGGUCCCAGGCCUCCAAGAAGCGGAAAUGAGAAAACAGAGGGAAUUCUACCACAAAUUAGGCCUGGAAGUGCCUGGAGACAUCAAGGGGGAGACCUGUUCUGCAAAACAGCACCUAGAUUCCCAUCGAAAUGGAGAAACCAAAGCGGACGACGGUUCGAACAAAGAAGCGGCGGAAGAGAAGCAGGAGGAGGACGGCGACUACCACAGGAGCGACGAGCAGGUGAGCAUCUGUCUGGAAUGCAACAGCAGCAAACUGCGGGGCUUGAAACGGAAAUGGAUCCGCUGCUCAGCCCAGGCCACAGUCCUGCACCUAAAGAAGUUCAUUGCCAAAAAACUCAACCUCUCGUCUUUCAACGAGCUGGACAUUUUAUGCAACGAGGAGAUCCUUGGCAAGGACCACACGCUCAAAUUCGUCGUUGUCACAAGGUGGAGAUUCAAGAAAGCACCGCUCCUGCUGCACUACAGACCCAAGAUGGACCUGCUGUGAGCCGCGGCACAGCAGAGACUCAGCUGCCCGGGUGCCCCGCGAGUACGCAGCCAGGCGGGGCCACCAACGCGUAGGAUGCUGCCCUGGGCACCGUUUGGACUGGAUGCCGAACAGAGAAUAUUUAUCACUUUUGUAUGAGAAUCGCACUCGCGAGGCGCUGCGGCACAGGGCUACGGACGUGCCGCGCCUCGCGGCCGGGGCCGCCUCUGCUCCAGCGGGAGGGGGUGGCGACGGCCUCCAUCCCGACCCGUGACCUUUGCUUGCUUUCCAGGUCUUGAAAAUCUCGGUCACUUCCGUUCCGUUUAUGAAUUAGGUUUCACGAUAAGCCCCCAAAAUACUUGUACGUUUACUGAAUCCUUCCUAAGUUAUUGACAAAAUGUCUUUUCACGGUGAAUGACGAUAUUUAUGUUGCCUUUAGCUUCCUGAAGACGUAGAAGAUAUAUAAAAAUUUAAUUUAAAAGCAUACCAAAAGAGGCUUCCAUGAGUAUCGUGAGUUAACCAUGGUAUUUCAUUUUCCCCGUCAGGGAACGUGAAGCCGAGGGCCGCCCCGACUCCCGGGGGCCCGCAGCCCGGCUGGGGGGCUGCACCCUGACCCCGAUGCGGCUGCCCCGCCCGGUCGGCAGGGCGGACCGUGAGACGACAGUUCGCAGAACGAUUCUCGUUCUCAAAAAUUGCUUCUUUUAAAUAGGGCACAAGUUGUUCAGUGCCGUCGUUUAACUUCCCGCUUAUUCUUUCCCGUUUUUGUUUUGCUGAAGAGAUUGAUGGUGGUGGCGGGGGGCCUUUCCCGAGACGGCGCCCCCGUCCGCGGCGGGGCUGGUACCCAGGGGGCGUGUCUCCACCAGAGCCCCCCGUGUGCAGACCCCGGGUCCCACCACGCCCGCCUUCAGAGGUGGGCACGUCACCGUGCUCUCGUGGAGCAGCUGGCACACUCUGGCCGCUGUUGGCGGGGACGCUCGAGCCACAGAGGGCGGGCGGGCGGGCCCCUACGCGGCUGAAGCUGCUUUUCCGGUGACUUAAUGACCUACAGCGCGAGCAGACGCAGCACACCCUCUGUUAGCCCUUUCUCCUCCCAAAUGUUAAUAUUUUUGUGGAAUUGGAGAAUAAACUCUUUGCCAGCACAUCCAUUUUUGUUCCUUUAAGAUAGUAACUUGGAAUGUGUAAAGACAGGAGCAAGGAGACGGGCCUUCUCCGGGUGGUAAGCCGGUCCCCACUCCAUGGCCGUCCCUGUCCGCAUCCGCUGGCUUCUGCCUGACCUUUGGGCUCCUCCCCCUCUGUCACCUCCUGCAUCACCGGGGCCCUGGGGUCCUGGGGCCGCCUCAUUUGGUAGGUGGUCCUGACGGUGGCUUGAGAGCCGGUUUUUCCAUGAAGAACUUCACCUUGGUGACUAGAAUUUUUCUUGAACUUGCUUUGGAAGUGGUGGUUGAGCUCAUCGACAUUCAAGUUAGUUUGUUUGUUUUCUGCUUCCUGUCCCAUACUUAGAAGUGUCAGGAGCAGCUCCUUAGUGAUGGGGAAAACAAAUGAACUCAGUCCGAGUGGUCUUACUGUGAGGCCUUUCAAAAACAUAAAACCGAGUUUUUGUUAGGGAUUGGUCAAAAUUCAUCUCUUUAUUUAAGCCCGUUAUUCCCGGGACUGUUGGAGUUAUUCAGUUACCUGAGCUUGCUAUUCAUCCAGAUCAUUUUUUAGGGUUACUAUUCAAGGGUUCAGUGAGUAGAUGUGUAUGACUAAGUAUUACCUGUCUACCUCAAAUACACAUUUCUGCUGAAGCGUUCUGUAAAACCGUGUGUUCUCAAUGCAGUUGAAGUGUAACAUUAGAAUUUAGGUAUUUUCCUGUGUGAUGAAAGUAAGGAAGGAUUAAACAGUAUGAGCGUCCAAAUUCAAAUAAAAUUAAUUCACAGGUCAGAUUAAAAUGAACCUGGCUGUAUAAUCUCAUAGUAUAUAUUUGUAACUUUGCAGCUAUCUUUGCAAUCACUUGAAUUUGCUAUGGUGCUAAGCUGACGUACUUAUUAAUACACAGAGAGGUGGAGAUGAGUCAGGGCUGGCGCCACCGUCCGCACUGGGCCCUGGCCACCUGCUGACCCCGCGUUGGUAUCCGUGUUACCCUGAUGAAACCUCAGCAGUACCCAUUUUUCUAAGAAGUCCUCGUGCAGACCGUCUUCACCUGCAGGAGACCCCUGUUCCCACCACCGCUGGUCUGACCGCAGCCUUACGGGGACGGAGUGGGGGCCCUGCCCUCAGAGAGAAACUUUCACUUUUCUCUCGUGUCCGUUGAACAUCAAAGGCAGAAUUUUAUCUUUUCCAGCAUGAAAGCCAGGAUCAGUUAGUGAUUGAAUCCUAUUAAGUUGUUUUUUUUUUUUAACAGAUGGAGUUACUGUGAAGUAGUUUUCACAACUAUUUUUGCUGGUAAAACGAGUGCUGUCAGUUACCCCGCGGCACCCUCAGCAGCACAGGGUCUCACUAGGUACAGGUGUCAUGAAAAUAGAAGAUUCAGAUAGAAUAUAUAAUAUUGAAUUUAAGAUUUGGGGGGUUAAAAAGAAGAAAACCUAACUUUAUAAAAUUAUUUAUUCUAUUUUAAGCCUUCUAUCAUAUUUUCCCAUCCAAUUGUUUGGUUUCAGUGGUCCAGCUUUAUUUACAGGCAUAUAAGAUAAAAUUGUGAGGUGUUUUGCAAGCUUCUUCUUUUUACUUUGAGUAGCUUUUAAUUUGUGUGUUGUGUGUUACGUGGAUGAGGAGCGGUUUAUGCUUCUGUGCAAUAGGCUCCAGCGUGCGUUCACUAGACUUAGGGUGAAUCGUCCGUAGCAUCUGUUCUGCUGGAUUGAGGCAGCGUAGGCGGACUCUCAGAACGUGUACGUUCAGCUCUUUGGUUUUCCUUUUCCGUCGUUGUUCUCAUGAAAACACUGUUGCUGGGAGUGUACGUGGGCCUGUGCAAGGGGCCUCGGCCAUCGGUAAGAAAGAGUGAGUGACCGGCCAGCGGCCGCAAGUUGACGUGUGGCCUAGACUGGCCACGUGCCUCAGACCCCGCCUGCUGGUGGCCCAGGACGCACCCCCGUGUCGACCGCAGAUAUGACGGUGCUACUUUCCCAGGCUCCUGAGCCCGCCAGGGCGUGCGGCCUUGAUGCCUCCUCAUGGCAUUUGAGGUCUUUAGAAAUUCGUUUGUUUUUUCUUCAAAGCCCACAGGAUGGAUUUUACAGUGAUUUUGAAGUGUGUCAUUGGAUUGAGUAUUAUAGGAACAAGCCAGCUGAUUUCUACUUUGUACGUGAAUAUUUGAUGUGCUCUCAAAACACUGAAAACACAUUUAGUACAGAUAAAUCACAAAAAGUUCAGUUUCUCUGUUUCCUCAGGAAAUCGUUUACACUCCAGCACAGCACGUGUGACCUUAGCGUAAUAAACCAAUGUGUUUCUCUGCCUUGGUAUUUAAACAAACUAAAUAGGUUGGGAUAAGUCGAUUAGAAAACGAUUCAAGCGACACCGAAAUCAUCACUAAGAUUCUGUCCCUUCCUGGGGACUGCCAGGCCCCUCACCAGCUCACUGGAGUCUCCGCAUCCAUGGGUGCAUCUGAAGGGGGCCUGAAGUUUACAUGUCCCCUAGAACGUGUGUAGCAUUAGCGUAAUUGUCUAUUUCAACAGCUUCAUUGGGUGCAAGAAAACCAUUUUUCCCAUAUGAUGCAGCGUUCAGGGGUGAGAGCCCUUGCCGACCCUGGCAUCCCGCGUGGAGAUCGGGGGCUCUGGGGGAUUGUGGAGGUGACGCUGCAGACACACGUUUUUGACUGUUUAGUUUGGAAGUUUACAUUUUUUAUGCUUUGUGUUGGUGUGUAAUUUUUUGUACUCUUGGUGGCUAGUUUUUAUCUAAAAUCUUUUUUGGAAUAUUGCUUAACUGUUUUGAUUUUAUGAUAGUGAAGCUUGUAUUCAGUGUUUUGCCAAUUGCUAUUAUAUGCUUGUAAUAAAAGCAAAAGGAAAACCUACCUAGUUCUCUGAGGCUGGACAUUUGUUACCUAAGAUGUUUGUAAGAGCGUGAGAUAGGUUCCCUGUUAGGGUGAUACAGCGUAAGGAAGAGUGCCGUGGUAUUGGUGAGGGCGCAUGCGCGCCACACCAGGCUCCCUCCCCCGCCCCCCGCCCCGGUCUGGACCCUCACAGGUUAAUGACUCUGCCCCACAUGGCGCUCGUGGCUGUGACCUUGGAUGCAGAACUUCAUUAAGCUGGUCCAGUGUUGGCACCAGAGGUUUGAUGGGAGCUCUGGGAGCCCACACUCAUCUGUUUGCUUGGAGAGAGAACUGUCUUUGGUUUGCAGCUGUGUGUGCCAGGGAACCUGUGUUAAAGAAAACCUCUGAUUCCCAUGAGCGGUGGACCGCCGGUAGGAAUUGCACCCUCUCUUGGCGUGUUGGGACGCGUGUGCAUACACGUUUCUCGUGCGGGUGCCCUCUGCCUCCCUCCUCCCUUUUGUUCUGUCCAGGCCUUGGUGGGGGGCGGUGAGCGAUGCCCUCCCACACGGGAGGUUCUAAGACUCAUCUCUUCCGGGAACACCCGCACACACACACCAGCGUAAUUUUAAUCUCGGCACUGGGGCCCUGUCAGGUUGACACAUGCAAUCAGCUAUCGCAGACAAUUUACUGUACCCAAAACUUUUAAUUUUUAAAGGUUAAGUAAUUUACAGCAAUCUUGAAAAUCUGAGGAAACUAGGAUUGAAAAAAUGGGAGAAUAUGUUGACCAAAAUUAUGCGCUCGUGGGUUUCAGAUCAUUAAACUUUAAAGAUAAAUUUAGUCUUAAGAAACUAAUGUUACCUAUUUUACUUAUUUUUAGUAAGUCGUUUACUCCACCUAACGAAUGUCAAGCUGCCGAAGCCACGUGUAAAUGUCCGUGUUCACCGAGGCGCUGGGUGAACUGCAGGGAUGGCAGGAAGCAGGCUUCAUCAGGUCCCGUUCGCUGGGCUCCACGUGGGCAACGAGCCGGGGCCCCGGAUGCCAGGAAAAGGCAACUCCAGGAAAGAGUGAGAAGGAGAUUAGCCAGGCCCAAGUCUCCCCUGCCCCUCAGCCCCUGAGCCUGGGAGGAAGGGCUGCGAGGGACAGUUGGCUGCGCCCGCCUGUAGCUCUCACAGGAGAUUUGCUUCUCCAGCGAGACUCCAUUUGCAUGAAACAUGCAAGUCGCGCUUUAACCGGCAGCGCUGUUACGGAUGUGAUCGUGCAUCCCCUGCCGUGAGACAGAGGCUUUGGAGGCCGCAGGAAAGGAGCACACAGCACGCACAGCCAGGGGCCUCUGCCAUACCUGCUGCCUGGCUGAGGAUAAACGUCUCCCUUUGACUUUUGGUUCUUACGGAUAAAACCCCCAGUGGGGCCAGCAGUCCUCGUUGGGGCAGCUGUGGCCAGGCCCGGGGGAUGGGGCCCUCCUGCUAGGUCGGUAACCUCGCGACGCCCACUCCCAGUUGCGCUGGAGUGCAGCCGUGCUCCUGUAAGUAACAGGCUCCUGCAGGGUGCACAGGCAACCGUUCCGUCCAGGCGGCAGGCAACACCCCAUGCAUUUGGUGUGUUUUUGUUUUACGUGGCGGGUGGCCAUGAGAUGCUUCCCCAGUGCCUGAGGGCUGUCAGCCUCAACCACCAGCAGGCUGACUGUCUCUGGAUUUUAUUUGAAUGUGAAAAUAUAAAUCAUUUGACAAUGAAUCCUGUGGGCUGUUUUUUUUUUAAUGUGUAUUGGGUACUAUAAUAACAAAGUUGCUUCUUUAGGAACAUUUUUAGUCAAAAAUCUUUUGAAGCAUAAACAGAUCUGGCCUUUAUAACAAACAGACCAAGUAUGAAAAUGCACCAACUAAGUACGUAUUCUUGUUGGUGGCAAAUGGCUUUUUCCACUAACAUCUCAGGAAGCACGAAGCAGGCAUUAAUUCCAGCUCAGUCCUGGGAGGCGUUUCUGGUGAUUCUACUGUUUACAGGCUGUUGUCUGUAGGACCCCAGGGCUCUGGGGCUGGGGUUGGUGCGGGGGAGUCCUGGGACCCCAGGGCUUGGGCGGGGAGGUCCUGGGGCCCCAGGGCUCUGGAGGGAGGGGUGUGGUCCUGGGACCCCAGGGCUUGGGCGGGGAGGUCCUGGGGCCCCAGGGCUCUGGAGAGAUAUGGGGAAUGGUCCCAGGACAGCCCGGGCUCCUGAGGGUCAGGCGUCCCGGGAUCCACACUUCUCUGCCCGGUCCUGCGUGGUGCUUUGGCUGUGCAGGUGUUACAGGUGUUAGUCCUCCUAACCCUCGGCUGUCUCCGACCCCACACCUGGGGCAGCGGAGGGGCCCGGAGCCCAUCUCUGGCGAACGCAGCCAACACGGCUGGAAAUACCGCCUGAUGGAGCUGCGGCUGGUCGGUCCGCCUGCUCCCCCAACGCCCGGUUGGCCCCGUGAGGGUUCCUUUCGGGAGCUUGCUUAGUGACGCUCCCAAGGGUGAAGUGGGGCCCCCGGGACCCACCAGAACCGCAGGGUGUGUGUUCUGUUGGUCGUCCAGCGUGGAGAGCACUUCCUCGCACUGUGGCAGGGUUGCCUUUCACCUGUGACGCUCGUGCGCUCAGACCCCCUUCAGGGACUUGCAGAGGGGCUUCCGGGUUUGCCCUCCCACAGGUCUCACGUAUUUCUAGUUUGGCUUCUUUCUUGUAUUUCCUCAGGGAGGCGGGGCACCUGCUUCUGUGGAAUGGAGAAGACGCUGGUGUUUGUACCGAAUCUGCUGGUUCAGAGAGUGGCGGUUGGGUGUCCUGGACGCCCGCCCAGGCAGCAGUGUCACAGCAAACACAUGGACCCCUUUGCUCCUCCGCGGGCUGCAUCUGCGCGGCUGCAUCUCGAAGAAUACUGACGGUGAAGGAAGCUUGCUGUGCAUUCCGACUGGAGUGGGAAGAUGCUUAACG